AUGAGUUUCCCUGCUCUCAGCAAACGAGCAGCUUAUUUGACUAUCGACAACGUGAAGAGGCGCAACGCACUCAGUCUUGCUGUACUUCGCAGCCUACGAGAUCAAUUGCACAAAUUUAACACAGGGCCCGAUGGAAAGCUCAGGAUCUUGCCUCCGUUCAAUCCUUCAUUGGUAGAUGAGCUUGAAGCAUGCUCCAAGCACGGUUCACAGAGCGAAUAUUCCUGGUUGUUGAAUGCUGACGAAUGGCGCAAGACACGAGAAGGUCUACCAAACGUACUUGUAUUGCGGACGGAAGGAUCUGUGUUCUCAUCUGGGCACGACUUGGCCGAGCUCAAGAAGUUGUCAUAUGAAGAAGUCAAGGAAACUUUUGCGCUCUGCGCAGAAGUCAUGACACUGAUCAGGCGAUCACCUGCUCCUGUUGUCGCUGUCGUCCAAGGUCUUGCGACCGCAGCUGGCUGUCAACUCGCAUUCACCACUGACUUUCCAGUAACACUGUCGACAACCAAGUUUCAACUGCCUGGUCAAUCGCUCGGUUUGCCCUGUACCUCUCCAUCAACUGCCGUGGCACGACGUCUAGGUUCGGCGUUUACUUUUCGCAUGCUCGCCAUGGCAGAGCCUGUCGAAGCAACGCAAUUGCCGCCUGGAGCUUUGGAUAUUGUUGCAGACGAGUCAAAGCUUGAGGAACGUGUCGCUCACAUUGUAAACAGGCUGGCAGAAGAGACUGCUGGACAAACUCAAGCCUUUGGUAAAUGGGCGUAUUGGACUCAUCUACGUGAUGACUACGAAGAAGCUGUGAGUUGGACUGGAAGAGUCAUGGCAUUGCACUCGAGAUCUGCCCACGCGAAAGAAGGUAUUGCCUCUUUCUUCGAGAAAAGAAAGCCUCAGUGGCAUCUUUGA